UUCUUUAUUUAGCUCUUUUCUAUAAUUUCUCUUUCUGGGUAUCGCCAAAUUCACUCACUUUCCAAUUGGUUUUGAGUUUCCAUUCAUCAUAUUAAAAAAGAAAAAAAAUAUAUUUAAGUUAGAAUUAGGUUCUGUUCUGAUCUUGUGGAAACUGAGAUUAAUGGUUAACAGUUACAACACAAUUGAAUCAUUUUAAGGUUCUCAUAGUUUUUGACCAAUUUUUAUUGUUGAUAAAAAUUUGAUCUCAGCCCUUUGUGUUCAUGGUCAUUUUGGAGCUUCUUGGAAUUAAUUCAUUCUAUUGUUAGACAAGUGUUUGGCUUGAAGAAUUGAAGUAGGUUAGGAUUGCAAAACAUAGAUGCAUCAGGGGCAUUGGUGUUUUAAGGGGCUUUCUAAUUUGUUUACAAUAUGGGGAGGGUUAAGUUAAAGAUAAAGAGAUUAGAGAGCACUAGCAAUCGACAAGUGACUUAUUCGAAAAGAAGGAAUGGAAUCUUGAAGAAAGCUAAAGAAUUAUCCAUAUUAUGUGACAUUGACAUUGUCCUUCUCAUGUUUUCUCCAACUGGAAAGGCAACAUUAUUCCGCGGAGAGCGCAGCAACAUUGAAGAGGUUAUUACAAAAUUCGCUCAACUGACACCACAAGAAAGGACAAAAAGGAAGUUGGAGAGCCUUGAAGCACUGAAGAAAACCUUUAGGAAGUUGGACCAUGAUGUAAAUAUACAUGACUUUUUGGGUUCAAGCACUCAAUCAAUUGAGGAAUUAUCCAACCAAUUGAGGAUGAUGCAAGCUCAACUUACAGAUGCACACAAGAGACUGAGCUGCUGGAGUAAUCCUGAUAAGAUUGACAACAUUGAACAUCUUAGCCAGAUGGAAGAGUCGCUAAGGGAAUCACUUAACCAAAUUCGAAUGCAAAAGCAUCCUUUUAUGUCACUCGAAUGCACUAACCAGUUCCAGAACGGGAUGCAUUUGCCUUUGAUGAUGGGUGGUAUGCAGGAUGCCCAACCACUAUCGUGGUUUACCAAUAAUGAGAAUCAACAUAUGAUAUUAACUGGUGAGCCAAACUAUCUGCCUCAAAGAGAUAUCGAGUGCUCCAAUAAUCCUUCCUUUUCAACUUUUUCUAGUUUCUUCAGCCCUCGCAAAACGGAGAUUGAGAAUACUAGACAAGUCGAUGUCACGGGACAAGAAGGUGGUGCCUUGAAUGAGUUAGAUUACGCUGCAUGCCUGAGAUUGCAACUCAGAGAGCAGUAUCCCUGCCAACCAUAUAGUAGUCUAGAUUUACACGAUGCAAAGAACUUGAAGCCUGAGACAGAGAUGAACUUGCAAGGAGAUGCCUUGGAUUAUCAAAUCAAUAGCAGUUUUCAACUGCCUAGAACUAUCUAUGACAACAUGCAUCACACUUGGGCACCUCCAUCUGAGCAUUCCACCAUUUCCAUGUUCAAUGAGAACUCGUACUCACAGCAGCCACAUUAAUUUUCAGAAGUGAUAUUACUGUUUGUCAAGUUGCUGAGAAUGGUAGCUGUUGGGCUCAUGUUCAUUGAGUUGCUGAGAAUGGCAACUACUACUUGUUGAUACAGAGUUCCAUUUGCUCAACUACCGGAUGAAGCCCGCAAUUCACUUUCAUUUUUUCCUUUCUUUUUUUUUCCUGACCCAAUGAAGUUGGUGACAUAGCACAAGGGAUCAAGUAACUGUCGUUUGGUUUGUAUGGUAAGCAAAUCAUUAGCUGUGUAUAGUAUAUAAGGUAUAAAUCAUACACCAUUAUAGUGUUAUCCAUGUAUGUAUUUAUAGUUUCUUUUCUCGAGAAAAUUACUUGUAAUGGUUUUUGUUU